AUGGCAGAAUCUGAACAGAAUUAUCCCCCUAGGGUCUGUCGCAUCUGUCUAGAGACAGUAUUGCCGACCUUUCAACCCUCGGAAUUCCUACAGAAGCCCCGAGUGGUGUACGAGUCCUCCGACCCAGAGCUUGGCCGUCUCUUGCGUCCAUGUCAUUGCAAAGGCUCCUCGCGUUAUGUCCAUGAGGGUUGCCUGCAAUCAUGGCGCCAUGCCGACCCUAAGUACGCGACAAGAAACUUCUGGCAAUGUCCAACCUGUGGCUUCCAGUAUCGCCUCGGCCGUCUGACUUGGGCACGAUGGAUCAGUAGCGCAUCCAUGCAGCUCUUCCUCACUAUCGCCAUCCUUUUGUUUACCGUAUUCAUCCUUGGAUUCAUUGCUGACCCUAUCAUUGACUUUUACCUCGGCCCCGUGGAUGUCUACGAAAUAGUUGACGACUCCUCUUGGUUGGAACACUUCAUCAAAGGACUGACCUCCCUGGGCCUGUUGUCACUUAUCAAGGCCAUCUUUGCAUUGUCACCCUUCCCUUGGAACAUGCGCUCUGUGGUUAGCGGCCGUAAUGGAGGCCGCAACCGAGCUGCCCAACUGAACUGGCUAGUGAUCCUGGUUGGCGUUGGUAGUUUCCUCUGGGCUGUCUACAAAGGCGUCCGGUCAUGGAGUAGACGCACGCUAGAAAAGGCGGGCGAGAGAGUGAUGGAUGUGCCACUCCCCGACGAUGAGGAGGAAGAUAGUAAAGAAGAUUGA